UCGACGAUGAGGGCCGCGCGUGCGAUCAGUCUGAAAGUCGGCGAGCGCGAGUCGCUGAUCAUUCUCGGCUAACUCUCGACGAGCGAGCGAGAGCACGGAACCGAAUUCAGCGCGCGUCACAAUCAUUUGACAUAUCGUGCUCGCGAUAGGAAACCACAGUGAUCGAUAAGGACCCGCCUCCAAAUCAACAGCGUCCGGCAACACCGAUUACUUUAAACUUCCAAGAGUUCUAUCGAUCAUACUUCAUUGAAAGAAAUUCCGUUGAAACUGAUAGAGACGUAGAGACACGAGACACACGGAUAGAAUCUUUAAAAGGUGGCACGGGGUGUCUUCAAGGGAGAAAUAUUCAAACUCACUCGCGUACGAUUUAAUUUGCGGCAAAAAUCAUAACGAAAAAAAAUUCCAGAACGCUCCACGUUGCAUUUAGCCACGAAGUAUUCGAUGCGAUAUCGAGCUCUUCAACCGACACCCCGCUGCAAGGACGCGAGGAUACCGUCGUUCAUCAGUGCCGCCGAGAUGAAGAGUCGCGGAUAAGGCUCAACGGGCGAUUUGCGAUGAUAGAGCGCGAGCCGCGGUCAGAAGGAGCGUGUGCGCCGAUAUCCGCUCGGCCGUUCUCCGGAUAGCGAGAUAGGAAACGGGUGUUCGUUAACGACGCGCAGAGAACUGGAUCGCCCCAGCUCGCCUCCUUCUCGCCGUCGUUCUAUUUUUCACGGCCGACAAUGCGCGCCGGAUAAGGUGUACGUGCUCACGCGUGUACGCGCGUGUACGCGCGUGUACUCUUCUUUCUUCCUUUCUUCACGCCCGAAACCGGGCGGGACAGAAGGAGGUAUGCCCGUGUAAAUUAAGUUAUUUCAUCGAUACGAUCACCGGCCACACGAGGAAGCACACCGCGUCGGCAGAGCGCGAUUGCGGUGCGCCGCGCCGCGGCUCUCUUUAAUCAGCUCUGUUAAUCAGUGUGUGUCAAGAUUACCCUACAUAUCGUCCCACCGGUGGAUUCGUCCGCCAAGUAUUGCGGCUGAAUUAAAGGUAUCUCGUUACAGCAACUCGAACAGCACAGAAUGUCUCAAAGAAGAUGUCUUCUGCUGCUGCUGCUCGGUCUGGCUGUGCUGAGAGAGUCAUCAUGUACAUUUAGCGAUACCGUUCACGAGAGCGAAUCUUCUCAUCAGAGACCGCAUCACAGGCAGAAGAGGGUCUUAUGGUUCACGAACGAUGGACGGAUCGCGUUGCCACCUGGCACCGUCAUGACAAUCACGCCAACAUUGGCGUUGCCCUUCGUUCGGCAUCCUCCUUAUGGCUUCCUCAGCAAUAUGACUAUCAGCUUGCCGUUCACGAUCGAUUUUGACAAGCUAGGCCUGACGGAUAAUGAAAACCCAUACGGCGCUCUGCCGCCGAGUUUCGACAGGAAACUGAAGAGCCGGCAAGCCGGCAUGAUGAUGGCUGACUUCAUCGCAGCAUUUAUCAAGCGUAGAUUACACAAGCGAGACGUAACAGAUGUGCCAAAAAAUGCGUUCCACGGCGGCGAGCGAGCCCUACUCUAUGUCACUGCCGAAGAUAUGCUGUCCACGCUGGGAAUGAACGGGAAGGCGUGCCUAUUGAGAGCAAUUUGCGAAGUCCAAGGACAUCAUUUGAAUAACUUUGGGCUUAUCGGCGAGAUGCUGAAGCUGUUCUUUACCGCUAGCCGAUCGCCGUUUGCAAACCUCCUCAAGGAAUACGUCGAGGCAGAAAACCGUGGGAAAUUUCACGGCGAGUGCUGGCCCUAUUUUAAGGACUGCCCAAAAUCUUUAUUCCUGCCAUCCAACAAGUAUCAGAAAGAUUCGUUGCACGACGAGGAGAAUGAGGAAGACGAACAUUGGAAUCAAAUCUCCAACGACCUCGACGAAGAGCCCCUCACGAGGAUAUCAGGGCAGAACACAGACACCGUACAUCCCAUGUAGUUUUAUAAUCACUGUGUGCAGUUGUACAAUUAUAAUUGUUCUCGAUGGUCCGUACACGGCCCUUUUUCCACCGAGCACAGAUUCUCUAACAAAUUAAGUUGAAGUAAAGUUAGAACUCUGUCUUAAAGAGCGAAGGAAAGUCGACUUGUCCUCGUUACUGAAGUUAAUUGUACCUUUGUUCAGUCCGUAGUUGUCUAAACUCAUUGCGUAAGAAAAAAUACUGUUUAAUUACAAUACAAAUCCGAAAUUACAAUUAUUGCUAAUUUCCG